AUGCUCGGUAUCCACGAUGUGCUGGGAUAUGUGGCGAAAGUCGUUCUUACUCUUUUCCUAUCGCUCUUGGAUCUCGUCCUCUAUUUCCUCGAUUUCUUGUUGAACCUUGAAGACUACUGGUCCGAAUCGAUGGUAGAGUUUAUCAUCUUCGGAGCUGAGCUCAAUGUUGCGCGCAAAACGAUCAAAUUCAAUCGCCCAUAUCUAGAUACCUACCGCAAGGGCGUUGUCGUCAGGAGCAUUCACGUCAUCGGCAAGAAAUUUGACAUGGUCAUCAACGGAAUGGAAAUUGCUGAUGGACAUUCCAAUGGACGCCAUCGAGCUCGUGUGCGGGGAGCUGAAGAAUGGAUCACAUUUGGGAGCCAGCUUGUUGUCAACAUGAACGACAUCACCAAGGACGUGGUGAAGGCGGGUGGUAGCGUAGAUCUUGAGUAG